GUGUUUGUGUAUUGAUGUGAUAAAAAUUUAUUGAUUUAAAUUAUUUAAGUAAAUACAUUUCGUAAAAGUAUACGUAAUAAUUUUUUGAUUACUUAGCGGUUAUCUCGCUUUUCGCGAUUAUGUUCAAUUCGAAUAAUAUUAGGAGAAAAACAAUUUAAAUGUGUAUAUAAAGAUAGUGUAAAUAAAUGGAAUUUAUUAUUGCUUAAUACAGGAUGGGGAACACAAGUAAGAAACUGGCAGCUAAAUGCACCCUACUGACUAAAGAGGAACAGAAGUAUGUAGCGGCCACAUUCAGAGCGGCCAGCAAGAACUCCGAAAGGAUAAGGGAGGAUGAUCUCAUCGUGAGUGGAAAAGUAGAUGCAGUGUUGCUGGAAAAAUUCUGGGGUCCACAAAUAGACCCUCGAUUAACUCAAUACCUCACCAACUUCCUAUUCGGUUCUGGUCAACAGAAAACAGCGACAGUUGACUUCAAUAGGUUUGCUGAACUCUACGUUUAUAAUGUAAGAGGAACUGUGGAUGAAAGAAUGAUGGUGACGUAUAACUGUCUGGGUAUGGACUACAAUGAAGAAGUGGAACUGCCUUAUCAGUUGCUAAAAGAGUACUGUGAAAGUAUAGCAUCAACGUAUAUCAAGAUGGUGAAAACCUCAUCAUCUAAGAGAGUACGUGUUUGGAUGGAGAAAGGGUUCAGAGCGAGUGCUUCACACGUCCAGGCUUUAGGAGAGGCUGUGACCGCGACUAUCGGAGACCUGGAGUCACCGCAGCAUCAUUGUACAGCCGCCCAGCUCUCUAAAUGGCUGCAGUCAAAUAUCUUGUUAAAACAACUAGCGGAGUUGGUUUAUGUCAAUCUGUAUGGAAUCAAUAAGCGUGGAGGAGACGAGAGUCCAACUCCAAUGCCGCCGGCAGCGCCCUCUUUACUGCCCAUACCUGAUGGUCUGGACGCGAUGCCUGACUACCCUGCAUUUAUCGACAUAUCCCAUAUUGUAUGGAUAAAUAGUCAUCUACCGCAGAAAUACCAGCACAAAUGGAGGUUUCUCUUCUCCUCUCAUAUACAUGGGGAGUCAUUCUCUACUAUGGCAGGUCGUAUAAUAGAGCAAGGUCCAUCAGUGUUAAUAAUAGAGGACAGCAGUGGGCAUAUAUUCGGUGGGUUCGCGGCCAGCGCGUGGGCGUUCGGCCCCAACUUCACCGGCACCGACGACUCUUUUCUCUUUACUGCCGCCCCCAAAAUGCGCGUCUACCCCGCCACUAAUUACAACGAUCAUUACCAAUACAUCAAUCAUCAUACGAAAACGUUACCGAAUGGUUUGUUAAUGGGUGGUCAAUUCCACUUUGGGGGUAUCUGGGUGAACGCGGACCCCUUCGGCGAGGGCUCCUCUGCGGAGUCCUGCAGCACGUACCGGGGGUACCGCCGCCUCAGCAAGGACCCCACCUUCCAUAUACGCAGCCUGGAGGUCUGGGGGGUCGGAGAUAAACCGCUCACGGAAAAGGAACAGGAGGAGCGCGAUGUGAGCGUGUUGGACACGAACCCGGAGGCGAAGGCGAUACUAGACAUGGCGGGACGUACUCGACACAGCGAGGGUAUACGCGAGCCCCCGCCGUUAUAAAUAUUAACCAAUAUUCCUUGCCAGAGAUCUCCAAGUUUUUACCAAGUAAAAUCAUCUUUUUGGAAACUUUCGUUUUUAGUAAUAAUUGUAGAUAUAAUUAUAUUUUAAUUAUACGCAUCUGUUUUUCUGCUUAAUAGUAUUAUUGACCAAAAUUUAUGUUUACAACACAUGGUAAUAUAUGCUAUAUAUUUUAUUAUUAAAUUGAUAAUUAUUCUGUAUAUGUGUCUAUUAAAAAAAAGUGUGCUUGUAAUUGCAAAAUAUAAAAUUUUUACUUCAAAAUGCUUUAAGUAAUAUGAAAUUCAAUGUUUGAUUGAAAUGGAUCCCAAUAGUGUACCCUGAGGGAUUCCACGCUUUAAACUUUUUUCUUACAAAGCUUAUUAAAUUUUAUUAGUUUAAUCUAUCGUCAUUUCUUCUUAUUAUUAUAUGAAUAAUAUUAUAUUCUUAAGAGAUUAUUUAUAAUUGCUUUUAAUAAAUUAUGUCAGCAUUGUUAUGGUGUCAAAUGCUAUACUAAAUGCUUUUUAAUAUUUUUCAUUAGAUAAACGUUGUACUAGUCAUUUCUAUGAAUUGUUGUACAUUUUUAUAAGAAAAAUAAUUGAAUUCACACAUGUUAUCCAAAGAGGUUAUAUUAUUUUGAUUUUAAAGUAAGAUUUUUCGAAUUUCCUUGAGGAUAUUUUGUUCCUUUCAUGUAUAUCACCAGUGUAAUAAUAAUAAUUUUAACGCACAAUUUAUUAAAAAAUUAAGCGAUAUAUCGGCUUUUUAAAGAACCUAAGACAUUUUGUACAUAAUACAUUUUUAAAUUCACCGAUGCCAAGAAGCGUUAUGACCUUUUAAAAUAAAUAUACCUAUGCCAAAUAACGCAAAAGUAUGUGAUUUUUUUUCUAAAUCUUUCGAUGAGAUAAGCAUCUGUAAAUGUAACUUAUAAGCCUGAAGUUUUAAC